GUUAAAAAAAAAAACAUAACAGUUUUUAUGUCCCCCACUAUAGUAGUGGGGGACAUAUUGUUUUUGCCCUGUCUGUUGGUCUGUUGGUUGGUUGGUUGGUUUGCGCCAAGUUUAACAUUUGCAAUAACUUUUGCAAUAUUGAAGAUAGCAACUUGAUAUUUGGCAUGCAUAUGUAUCUCAUGGAGCUGCACAUUUUGAGUGGUGAAAGGUCAAGGUCAUCCUUCAAGGUCAAAGGUCAAAUAUAUGGGUCAAAAUUGCUCAUUUAAUGUACACUUUUGCAGUAUUUCAAUAUUGAAGAUAGCAACUUGAUAUUUGGCAUGCAUGUGUAUCUAAUGGAGCUGCACAUUUUGAGUGGUGAAAGGUCAAGGUCAAGGUCAUCCUUCAAGGUCAGAUGUCAAAUAUAUGUGGCCAAAAUCGCUCAUUUUAUGAGUACUUUUGCAAUAUUGAAGAUAGCAACUUGAUAUUUGGCAUGCAUGUGUAUCUCAUGGAGCUGCACAUUUUGAGUGGUGAAAGGUCAAGGUCAUCCUUCAAGGUCAGAGGUCAAAAAUAUGUGGCCCAAAUCGCUAAUUUUAUGAAUACUUUUGCAAUAUUGAAGAUAGCAACUUGAUAUUUGGCAUGCAUGUGUAUCUCAUGGAGCUGCACAUUUUUUUACAAUAAUGAGAAUCACUUUGCCAAUAUGGGCAGUAAAUGAUAUUUUAUUUUGCUAAAAUUUGAUUGGCUGAUAAAAACAUGAUUGUUGUCAGAGAAAUAUAAAAUGUGGAUGUGUUUCAGAUCAUUCCUGUGUGAAAGACUACUUGGUUGCUUGUGACUUUCAAGUUUUUGGUUCUGGAUGAUGAGCUGGAGUUGAAGCUGGACUCGCUGUACCCAAAGGCUCUCGGUUUCCUGGUGAUCCUUUCUAAAGAUGGAGAUCUGAUCUACGUCUCUGAGGGGAUUGCAGAUCAUCUUUGGCCUGCAACAGAUUGAGCUGAUUGGUCAGAGCAUCUACAACUACGCACACGCGUGCGACCAUGAAGAAAUACAGGAAGUGCUCUCUCCUCGCUGUCGAGAGGAGGCGAUGCCAAUGACCGUGUUCAUACGCCUCAAGUGCACCCUCACCCCAAAGGGAAGCAACGUCAACCUAAAGUCUGCUACAUUUAAGUUACAAUAAUGGAGUCAACUGUUGCAUUAUUAAGAUUGAAAUUAAGAAGAGAGCGGACUGAGUUUUAGAAAUGAAGGACGGGCAGCCACAAUUUACAUUAAAAGUGGCCCAGGAGCUGUUGAAGCAACACCUAUUGCAACACCACCAUCAUUUAAAAACGAAGAAGUUACAGUGGAGAUGAGGUGCUUACCCGGUAAAGCCACACACAAGGAUAUAAGGAAUUUUUUUAGCCCAAUAUGUAUUUCUGACGUAAACUACAACAGAAGGAAAAAAAGCGGGAGAGCUUUAGUUAAAUUCUCAUCAAAAGAAGAAGCUGAACAGGCUCUAAACAAUAACCUAAAAAUAAUGGAUGGAAGAUAUAUCACUUUGACUCCAUGCGCAACAGAUAUGCAAGACGUGGAGGAGGAUUCGUUUGCCCCAGUGACUACGUCCACGCCAUGUGCAAACACAUUAGCUACCAGCAGCACACCUGAAAAGCUGAAAGCUGUACAAAAAAACGCAAUCGAGAAAAUAAAGGAACAGGUCGAUGUCCUGACAUUCAGUUUAGAAGCAAUGCACCGACAGUUUCCACUGCCUAGAGCAGUAGAGAAGGAAUCAGAGGAAGAUCUUUUUACAACUUCAUUGCAGUAGUAAGGAGGAGGCAAUCCAGUGCAGGUGUCCUCAAGGAGCCAGUGACCAUCUUGAAUAUCAACUGUUCCCCUCUCACCUUCAACUUUCUCGUGGUGCAGCUCAAUACCCUUGACUUCACGUCUGACAACGGCAUCAAAAUCUUUGUCUGGUCCG